UGCGUCAGGUCUUCAUCGCGUGACCGCUGGAGGGCAGCAUUAUACUUCACGCGGCUCGUGCGUCCCCAAUGACGCGGAAGAAGAAGAAGCGGCGGCCCAAACAAAGCUGGUCGGUUAGCUCCGGUACCUCCCGGAACUGCGCCCAUGGCACCUUUGCGAGUGCUGUGCGUCCACGGCUACCGGCAGAGCGGCGCCUCGUUCCGGGAGAAGACGGGCGCCCUCAGGAAGCUCCUCAAGACCGACGUCCACUUGGUGUACGUGGACGCACCGCACUUGCUCGCCCAGGAGAGCGUCGGCGGCGCUGGCGACGGGGACCGGGAGUCCCGAGGCUGGUGGUUCUCGGACCCGGCCGCCCGCACCUUCAGCGCGCAGCAGCCCUGCGACCGGAGCGCGGGCCUGGACGAGAGCGUGGCGGCGCUGCGCCGGGCGGUGCGGGACGACGGCCCGUUCGACGGCGUGCUGGGCUUCAGCCAAGGCGCCGCUCUGGUGGCCAUGCUGUGCGCGCUGCAGGAGUCCCGGGCCGAGCCGGACUUCGGCUUCCGCUUCGCCAUCCUGGUCGCCGGCUUCCGCAGCGCCUGCGCCGAGCACCUCAGGUUCUACUCGGCGCCGCUGCGGAUGCCGUCCAUGCACGUGUUCGGCCUGGCGGACGGCGUGAUUCCCGCCGACAUGAGCCGGGAUCUCCUCCCCGUCUUCCGAGACCCGCACGUGCUCACGCAUCCCGGCGGACAUUUUGUCCCGGCCGCCUCCGCUCACAGACAAACCUACCGGGACUUUCUGGAGCGCUUCCGGUGACGGCGGACGCCGAGGAGAUGCGCAAUAAAUGAUGUGAAAUCUCA